AUGGGAAAAACUCGGGGAAAAGAUACUAAGCUUAGCUCAGAGGAAAAAAAAGAGCGAAAACGGCAACGAGAGAGGGAGCGUCGAAGACAAAUAAGAGAUGAUCCAAUAAAAAGAGAGGAGCAAAGAGAAAAGGAAAGAAGAAAAUAUUUACGUCAAAAAAGGGAAAAGAUACGAACAAGUAUAAGCGAAAUGACCUCUAGAGAACAGCGUCAAAAGCGGAAAGACUGGAAAAAUUAUACUAGAGAAUAUAGACUACGAAAGAAAGAAAAGGCAAAACAAAAUGAGCUGUUAGCAAACAAUACUCCUCCCACAUCUGAUGAUGAAAAUGACAUUCCUUUAGUAGCCCCAGGUGUGGCCCCCACACCGAGCCAAGCAAGAGGAAAAAAACUAUCUAAUAGAAACAAGAUGAAACGCCACUUGGAAAGAAAAAAGUUAAAACAAAAAUUAGAAGCUUUGCAAAGAAAGGUUCAACAGUAUAAAAAACGAUUUCAGAGAUUACAAAAGCAAAUGAAUAAUAAAACAAACGAAUCAAUGUCUUCUUUAAACUCGAAUUCUCUAUUAUUGACUCCCAAUACUAGAGUAAAUCUUAUUAUAGAAGAAUCUAAAUCCGAUGCCGAUGUUGUAAAAAAGAAGCUCCUUUUUGGAGAGGUCAUUAAAGAUCAGCUACGUGAAUCCUACAAUAUUCUGAACACUACACGAGAAAAACAGGUGUUUAAAAAAAUUGUGUCUGGUAAUGUAAUCAAAAAAUAUAAUUUGAAAACAAAAUGCUCCAAAUAUUUUAAAUUUAGAAAAACUCCCAGCUACGAGACUUCAGAUCUAAUGACUUACAAGCAGCGAGAUGGAUCACGUAGUUAUUUACUAAGCAGUAUAAAAAAGAAAGUGCAGGAUUUUUAUGAAGAAGACAUAAAUAGUCGUCUUUGCCCUGGCAAAAAAGACUUUGUCACAAGGAAUAAAAUUAGACGACAAAAGCGUUUACUAGGGAACACAAUUAAGAAUUUAUAUAUUAAAUAUAUUAAAAGAAAUCCUAAACCAAACAUAAGUUAUAGGUUUUUUUGUCGCAAUCGACCAUUUUGGGUCAAACCACUGAAGGUAACAGACAGAAACACAUGUCAGUGUAUAAUUCACGCAAACAUGAACUUAAUGGUUGACUGCUUGUAUUCCAAUAAGGUGAUUUCAUCCAAAGCUCAUUCACAUGUUAUAAAAGAUGUGUGUUGUAAUGACCAAAAUGAGAACUGCUUACUUAGAAAAUGCACAGAAUGUAAAAAAUCUAAAAUUUUAUAUAACAGUUUUGAGCCUAACAGGAUUGUGCAGUAUUUUAAAUGGGUAAAUUUAAAGCAAAGCUAUUUUGAUAAAAAAUCUCAGACUACUAAAUUCACCAAGAAAAUUGCAAAGGUACCUUUUCAAUCAAAAUGUUCCCAAAUACUCAAACAAUUUGAACAACAACUUUAUAUAUUUAUGGCCCAUAAAUCACGCAUUGGUCAUCAGUAUAGCUCAAUAGUAAAGCUUAAAGAAACAUUAAAGAAUAAUGAACUGCUCAUACAUUGUGAUUUUAGCGAAAACUACAACCUGAAAUAUUCUGAAGAAGUUCAGUCUUUCCAUUUUGGUGGUUCAAGACAACAAGUAUCCAUGCAUACAACUGUAGUGUACUCCAAUUUGGACAACAGUGCUUGUAAAGCAGUAAGCUUCUGCACACUUUCUGAGUCUUUGGACCAUAAUCCACCAGCAAUAUGGGCCCAUCUUUGUCCCAUAUUAAAAUUUUAUUCAGGGAAAGGGAUUGAAAAACUACAUUUUUUAAGUGACAGUCCGAGUACGCAGUACCGGAAUAAAACUAUGUUUUCAUUUAUUACAAAUAAUCUGCUUACUUACUUUGAGGGCUUUAAAGAUGUCACAUGGAACUACAGUGAGGCGGGCCAUGGCAAAGGGGCCCCUGAUGGAAUUGGUGGGGUUUGCAAAAGAACUGCAGACCGCAUCGUUGCCCAAGGCAGGGACAUUUCCUCUUUUAUGGAACUUGUUGAUAUUUUAAAAGAAAAUUGCCCUGGUGUUAACUUUUUUGUGGUUUCUAAAGCAGAUAUUGAGGUUUUUGAUAACUUGAUUAAAGAGAGUAAGAUUUUACCAUUUCAUGGAACAAUGAAGGUGCACCAGAUCAGAACUUACGCUGGAACUUAUAAACUUUGGUUGAGAAGUAUUUCUUGCUACAAUUGUGCGAAAUAUUGCAGUCAUUACGAAUUAGGAACGCUUGAGUACAAAAAAGCUACCUCAGAAGCCACUAAUAUCGACCUUAGUAAUAAAGACUUGUUACCCAUAUCUAAAAGUCCUAGAGAAAAAGUUAGAUAUGAAGAUGUAUAUAGUGACGACACAGAUGAUGAACCGUGUUGCUCAAAACCUCCUUCGCUUGUAAAAACUGGGUCAUAUGUGCUUGUUGCUUUUACCAAAAAUAAAAUUAAAAAAGAUACAAACAAUAAUUACAGAUAUGUUGGUGUAUGCCAGAGUGACAUUGAUAAUGAUGGGGAAGUCACUGUGACAUUUUUAAAACUAAUCGACGAUCAGAAAAACCUACAAACCUUUAAACUGGAUGAGAAUGAUAAAAGUUAUAUAUUGCAAGAUCAAAUUUUGGAAGUACUUCCUGAACCGAGUUUACUGCUCAAAGGCAAUAGAGUGUUCUAUCGUUUCCAGAAAAACGUCGAUGUGUUUGAAAGUUCCUAAAUUAAAAGUACAAAACUAUACCUGCC